AUGUCCGAGUCUGUGGUGGCUUCAGCAGCAUCAGUGGCUAGCCCUGAUGAUCAGCUCACUUGUGGCAUUGCUGGAUCAAUGGGUUCCGAGGAGAAAGUGUACGGCGGCUGCGAUGGUCCAGACGCGAUGUAUGUGAAGCUCGUCUCAUCAGAUGGGCACGAGUUCAUUGUGAAGCGGGAGCACGCCCUGACCUCGGGGACCAUCAAGGCCAUGCUCAGUGGGCCUGGCCAGUUCGCGGAGAAUGAGGCCAAUGAAGUCAACUUCAGGGAGAUCCCAUCCCACGUGCUCCAGAAGGUGUGCAUGUACUUUACGUACAAAGUGCGCUACACGAACUCCUCCACGGAAAUACCAGAGUUCCCGAUCGCGCCCGAAAUCGCUCUGGAAUUGCUGAUGGCCGCCAAUUUCCUAGACUGU